AAAUAUUGGUGCUCUGUACGACAACCUCCAUUUAAUGAUCACAGCAGAGACUUAUCUCUCCGUUGAACCACACAAAUCCCAAUCCCAAACCCAGCUCCGAACCUCCCCUCGCUCUCCCGAACCACCACACGGCAGAGAUGAACGAAGGCGGCCACAUGAACGGAAUGGAUGGCGGCCACAUGAACGGAAUGGAUGGCGGCAUGGGUGUGGCGCCACCGCCAGGUGUCUUCAAUCACCGCCACAUGAUGCAUAUGACCUUCUUUUGGGGGGAAAACACUGAGAUUUUGUUCUCCGGCUGGCCGGGAUACAACAACUCCGGCAUGUACGCUCUCGCCCUGGUGGUGGUGUUUCUCCUGGCGGUUAUCGUCGAGUGGCUCUCGCACUGUAAUUACACCAGAGAAGGCUCAAAUCGCCUAGUUGCGGGGCUUCUUCAAACCCUAAUAUACGCUAUAAGGGUUGGUUUGGCCUACAUGGUGAUGCUGGCCGUGAUGUCUUUCAACGCCGGCGUUUUUCUGGUUGCAAUCGCCGGCCACACCGUGGGAUUCUUCAUAUUUGGUAGUAGAGUUUUCAAGAAAACAUUGCCGCAGCAGGGUUUCGUGAAGGCCUCGGAUCUUUCUCCAUCGAGUUGCUGAUGAUCCGAAUCAUAGGAUACGGUUUGUGAUAAUUGUGUCUAUAAUGAAGUUUGAUUAUUAGUAAUUUAAUUGAGAAUUUUUGCAAUUCUAAGAUUAGGGUUUAUGACUUCGUAGAUAAGCUCCAGGGAUAAGAAAUUCAUCAAUUUCUUCCGCGCUCCAUAAAUUUGGAUUGAAUUAUGAUAGUUUAUAUAGAAUUAUGAUAGAAAGGGAUUCAAUAAACAUUGUAUAAUUGUGCGAUUUUCGUAAUUUUCUUCAUUCCAUGUGUUGGGAAAAGAAAAAGUUUGUGAUGAUGAAUUGAACCCACUUUUUUUUUAA